AUGAACAAUUCGAACAAUAGUGUUCACGAUACUGAUGAGUUAAAAGAACUAGACAAAACCAAUCGAAGAGCUCGCAUUGUCGAAGGAGUUUUUAUAAGUGUUUUCACUUUGACAGUCUUAACUGCCUCCAUAACAGCAUUUGGUAGUAAAACACCGAAACUGCUCUAUAUGGGUUGGUUUCCAUUUAAUUGGCGUAACUCUCGUUUUUUGUGUAACAUUGGAAAUGCCUAUCAGAUUAUUGCAAUUAUCUACUACAUAAGUAUUAAUUUUGCAAAUGAUACCUUUGUGGCGACUGCACUUUGUAUUCUCCAUGGACAUAUAAAAAUUUUGGGUAAACGCAUAUCAAAAAUUGGCGAAAAGGAUAAAAGCCAAAAUUAUAAUGAAGAGCAAUUAAAAUUCUGCAUUGAGAUUCAGAAAGUACUUUAUUUACUCUGCGAUCGAAUUCAACUCGUAGUAUCUUUGACGAUGCUGGUGCAAUUUACGGUUAAUGCUACUAACAUUUGCUUGAAUCUGGCAAUUAUGUUAUAUUUCUCAACGGAUAACAUAAACCGAAUAUUUUACUUCUUUUAUUUAUUUGCUGUGUCCUUGCAAACAUUUCCUGCCUGCUACUAUGGUAGCAAAGUAGAGCACGGCUUCGAGCAGCUUCGCCAUGCAGCUUUCCAAAGCGAGUGGAUACAACAGAACCGAAAUUAUAAGACAUGUAUGAUUAUUUUCACAGAACGUGUACUCAAAAAAAGAACCUUAAUUGCUGGAAGGCUACUACCUAUACAUUUAGACACUUUCUUCUCAAUAUGCAAAGGAGCCUAUUCAAUGCUUGCUAUGAUUAUUAAGUUGAAGAAAUGA